AAUACGCUACGCUGUCAUUUUUGUAUACGUACGUCAAAAAUGGAGGAAGAACGUCUCUUCGAUGAGAGAGUAUCAAUAAGAGAAUCCGCAAGACCUCUCAAAAAAUAUGGGAGUACAUGCAAUCACAUGAAGAGGAACGAUGAAUAUAUUAAGCAUAUGCUGUCUAAAGGCGAUACGCUUCAAGGAAUCGCUUUGAAGUAUGGAGUAACUAUGGAGAAAAUAAGAAGAGCAAAUCGAUUGUUUGCAUCGGACAGUUUGUUUUUAAGAGAGUACCUAUUGAUUCCUGUGACUAUGGAUUCUCCUUUUUAUGAGAAUGGUGACCGAGUUACGGAACCGCCCCCACCGAGCCAUCGUGCUUCGAUUGGGGGUAUGCCCACCAGAGAUUUCUCUCCUGGUAGCCCGGACGAGAAAAAGACUUUUGACGACUUUUUAAGCAGAUUGGACUCUUCACUUGCUGAUAUAAAAAAACAUGUCGAGAAAACGAAGGAAAAUAGCGAAUUUGUAAAAGACCUCGAGGGAGACUAUGUCAGGCAUCGUCCGACCGCGAGGCUCCGGCAGUCGGCCUCCCUCGGUGCGUCUACGUCGUAUAACGAGGUGAUACCGCCGCCUCUACCGCCGCCAUCGUCGGUGCUAACCCAAGGCCGCCGCGUCGACAACUCGCUCAAGCGCCUCGAAAGGGCACACGACGAUCUGUUUCAGUUGUAGCGGCCGAGGCAGCGCAGAUAUGCGCGGUUCCAGUGAGCGCGAUGGUCCUGCCCUGUGACGUCACAGCGCCCGGAGUCAUCGCACGCGUUCGCAGUGCGGACGUCGAGGCAAAGAACUGAUAUAAUCAAGUACAUGGUGUAUAUGUGAGCCACAUGGUGAUAUUAGAUAGUAAAUGUGUUAAAUUGUAUACAUAGCGUCGCUUGUUACAAUAGCGGAUUAAAACGACCUCCAAGUUAAUUGGGUUCUUUACUGAAAAUUAAGGCCUGUUCAGAUAUAUGAAGUUAUCUGUUUUGAUAACCUAGUGUACAUUGUUGGUAUGAUUUUUAAUUCCGAUGUACGGUAUUGGUGUUGUAUCAAUAGUAAUUGUUAAGUUAAUUGAAGAAUACAAAAGUUUUGUAAUAUAAAUGUGACCUGUAUAUAUUAUUAUUGUAUAUGAAUUAUGUUUUCUAUAACAUUUAUUGAUCAAGAGAUGUUAUGAACUAUGUAAUUGCUCUUAUAAUUAUAUAAUUGCUUAUAAAUAAUGUCCUAUUGACAUUAUAGAUUUUUUAAUACCGGUAAUGAAUAAUAAUAAUAAUUAUUUACUAAAUACUUAACAGUCACAUUUUUUUAUAUAGUAAAGAAUCCAUUUUGUUUAUAUUCCAAUUAACUGGUUUUUUAUUUUCGUCAAAAUUAGUAUAUAAAUAGUGCUCAUAUCUGAAUAUUAUAAAUCUGACCGUUUUCUGCUGCUGUAAUUUCAUAUAUCUGUAUAAGGACUUAAAUUUAUCACAUUCGUUAUUUGUAAACGACUCAUGAAGCAGUAGUAAAAAUU